UUGUGCGAAUAUAGUACGUAUAUAUAAUAAAAAAAACAUAAUUAAAAAGAGAAAGCUCUAAAGUCCACGUGGUCCCGGCGUCACUCAUUCAUUAAUCGUAAAAUUUACUGAAUCUUGUUCUUUUUUAAUGUUAUAGUACAUCUUUUUUGGUCAGAAAGUAAUAAUUUUUUCACCAAUUCAAGACCCGUUUCCAUACUUACACGUAACAUCGAUACAAGACCCCCUCAUUUAGAAUUUUAAGAUGAAAACCGGCUUUCAGACGUAUCAAAGUUUGGGUAUUUGGCCCAUACGCUUUUAAAUCUCCAACCCCAUUGCAUCCCCCGUUCAAUACUAUAUAUACUUUUCUCUAUUGCACUCAUCGAAAGUGACCUUCUAUCUCUUUCAUAUUUGGCGCACGGCAGUCUCGUUGCCCGUGUUGGCGGGCUUAGUCGCUCCGGCAGAAAAACGCGGGAAAACGUUACAGUGAAGUGACUUUUUAUUUCUUAAUAGAAUCUAGUGAAUUAAAAAGAAAAAUUAAUUGUACCAAAAUGUCACCAAAAAGUAAAGAAGAAUGCGAGACGGAGGCUUUAAAAUCGGAUCCGGAAUCCGAUCCGGAGGCCAAAGGGGACGAGGGGGCGUUGGAAGCCAAGAUGUCCCUGAUGAACGGCAUCACCGUCAUCGUGGGGUCCAUCAUCGGGAGCGGCAUCUUCGUGUCUCCGACUGGCGUGCUCAAGUACACUGGAUCUGUUAAUGCUAGUCUUCUGGUGUGGGUGGCCUCAGGAGUGUUUAGUAUGAUAGGCGCAUACUGUUAUGCAGAACUGGGGACCAUGAUCCGUCUGAGCGGCGCCGACUACGCCUACAUCAUGGAGACGUUUGGUCCUUUCGCCGCCUUCAUCAGGCUCUGGAUCGAGUGCAUGAUUGUCAGGCCUUGUUCACAGGCGAUAGUCGCACUCACAUUCAGUGUGUAUGUACUGAAGCCGUUGUUUCCGGAAUGCGACCCGCCUGAGGAUGCCACUCGGCUGCUGGCGGCCUGUUGUAUAUUGCUGCUGACCUUCGUGAACUGCUGGUCUGUCCGCGCGGCCACCAGGGUGCAGGACUGGUUCACUUACGCCAAGCUCCUGGCACUCUUCAUCAUCAUCGCCGCCGGCAUCUACCAGCUCUGCAGAGGUGAGGUACAGCACUUUACGUUUGAGGGCACCACUAGCGACGUCACAUCCAUCGCUCUGUCCUUCUACUCCGGACUGUUCGCGUACAACGGAUGGAACUACCUGAACUUCAUCAUCGAGGAGUUGAAGGACCCCGUGAGGAACCUGCCGCGCGCCAUCGCCAUCUCCUGUACCCUGGUCACCGUGGUGUACACCUUCACUAAUGUCGCGUUUUACACCACGUUGUCUCCCACCGAGGUGCUAGGAUCCGCGGCUGUAGCUGUGACAUUUGCUGAGCGUCUGUUCGGCUGGUUCGCGCUCUCCAUCCCGCUGUUCGUGGCGGCUUCAACCUUCGGAGCCGUCAACGGAGUGCUGCUCACUUCUUCAAGACUGUUCUACGCGGGCGCGGCGCAGGGCCAGAUGCCGGAGAUGCUGACGAUGGUGAGCGCGCGCGCGACGCCGGCCGCCGCCGUGCUGGCCGUGGCGCUGCUCUCGCUCGUCUACCUCACCGUCUCCGACAUCUACGCGCUCAUCAACUACGUCGGCUUCGCUACCUGGUUAAGUAUCGGAGCGGCAGUACUCUGCUUGCCGGUGCUGAGGUACACACAACCCAACCUCGAGAGGCCCAUCAAAGUCAACCUGUUCUUCCCUGUGAUCUACAUAAUCUGCACGAUCCUGGUGGUGGCGUUCCCGGCGGUGGCGUCCCCCGCGGAGACGGGCGUGGGCUGCCUCAUGAUCCUCACGGCGGUGCCCGUCUACCUGCUGCUGCUGCACCCGCGCACCCGCCUCGGCUGUCUCAGCUCGCUCACCAAUGGCGCCACUCUUCUUGUACAGAAGAUGACGUUAUCAGUGAGACCCAAAACGAAGUGAGUACUACCUAAGGAGCUAACUCUCGACAACAUAUCCGACCUCAUCGGUACGCCAUGUUUACACUCGCCUGAUUGACUGAAGAGCCAUCAUUACAACAAUUACAAUACAUUAAUACAGCUGACUUAGAUAUUAUUACAUUAACAGUAAGUCACUAGAAGAAAACCACUACAUACGUCUUUAAAAUCUUUGAAAACAGUGAUAAGUGGGUUAUGAAAAACUUGGCUAUUAACACUGCCGUGCCAACAGGUGACCUGAAAAAAAAAUUGUUCUCAGCAGUAAAUCAAGCAAAUGUAAGGGAUUUUAUAUGAAAACUGUUGUAAGUGACUUUCACUAUAGAUAUAGACAUGCGACUAAUCGUUAGAGAGCAAUGCGUUUUGUCGCACUGUCGCAGUCUAUUUGUUGCUGUAUCAUACAAUGAAAUGUACUCAAUUAACAAGUAUAUAUGAAUGUGUAUAUGUAAGUAGAUAAUAGUGAUUGUUGAACAUGUAACAAGUAUACAAAAUGAAGUGUUACAGCUUUAUUUGCUAUAAAAAUGGUAAAAAGUAUCGAUAUGACAGCGCCUGUCAGAUUCAUUUGUAAGAGUUCUGUCGAGGUCAACGUCUUAUCGAAGAAAAUUUAUAGAUAUAAAAGUUUCUUGGGCAAAACUAAAACACUACAGAUGUGUGUAAAACUGUACUAGAAUCGUUGCUAGAAAUACAAUCAUUCAAUCAAAACAUCUUAGUUAAAUAAUAGGUUCGUUGAGGUGUUUUUGACUUCUUCAAUUUGGUAACUGAUACCUAUCAUACAUUCCAUUUAAGUACAAUUAUUAUAAUUUCGAUGAUUUAAGUAAAUAAAUAAUUAAAUAAAAAGAGAAUUGAAGUUAGCAAGUCUGAAAUUACAAAAGACUCUUUUCUAAGAUCAAAUAGUAAAUUUUAACUAAAGUACGUAACAAUACAAAGCUUUUGUUAUAUUAAUUGCUUAUUAUAAUAAUUUCGUGUAAAAAAUUGUAGGUAUAUCAAUUUAAAAUUAAGUUUUCAUAUUGGACUUGGCUAUGUACACUGCCGUGCAUCUUCGACAUGGCUUGCUACUUGCCUAAUUGAAUUAAAUUAUUAUAGCUUAAUAAAUCUGACACAUGAAAUAAUAUUUUGCGAUCAAAAUGCGAAACUUUUAAUAGGUUUACUCGUAAAAUAAAAUUAAUAAAUAAUGAACAAUUACUGUUAAAAUACAUUUUGAGUAAACCAAUCAAAGGACAAUAUUCUAGAUUUCUAUAUUUAUAAAUGUUAGUGGUAGCUUUUGUAUGCAUAUUACUCAACAUAUAUUAAAAUGUAUAAAAAAAGCUAUUAGAAUUGGCGCUUAGUUCUAUGUUAUUUUUCUUAGUUAUUUUAAUCAUAAAUCCUAUGAGAUAUGUACCAUACCAGAGUUUAACAAAAUAUUGAAUCUGCAAAUAAUAUUUUAAAUCGUGGUCUUUUCAUUUAUCUUUAGAAAAAAAAAUAAAAAAAUGUAUUUAAAUUCUAUUUAAAUUGAAAAUCGAAAUAAUAUUGAUUUUUUAGCGAUUAUUUUUUCUUCUUUCGUGACGUUAAAAUUAAAGUCGGUUUAUUAAAUAAGGUAUAUUUUACUUUAAUUUAAUUAAUUUUAAAUAAUCGAAUAAAUUUGUCAGUCUGGCUGUGCUAAAAUAAAACCUAAGUGUUGCCAUUCCCAAAGAGACAAUUUAUGAUUAAUUAGGGUAAUUUUUUGGAGAUUUUUUUGAGUGUGUGUGAAUCUCAUAAGUUUCUUUACCUUUCUAACAUAAACCUUAAAAUAGACAGCUUAAUAAAAAACCGAAUAAACUAUUAAAACAAUCUGUGGCUAUCAUUCGAGUGUCUACAAAAUUAUAGAUUUUUAACUGUUUCUGUACCUACGAUGGUAAAAUGAAAUAAAUGGUAAAUUGACUUGGCCAAGUUUUUGUGUGUUAUAGACUAAUUAAAAUAAUUGUGUUAUUUUAUGUGUCAUUAAAUUGCUUUCCUUAUUUGAGUGAAUGACGUAAUGAAUAAUUACGUAUAUUAUGAUAGAAUUUUAAGUAAUAUGUUUUCUGUAAAAUCUUGCAGAUUAUUUUUACGAAUCUCAUAGUUAAUCCAAAAUAUUGAUGUUGUAUUCCCCAAGUCAACUUUAUAUCCAUUCAUGCAUUAAAAUCGUGUAUAAUAAUUAUAUUUAAGCGUGUAGUCGGUCUUUUAUUAUUAUUUGUUUGUAAAUAUAAAGAAAAUGGGACAUACUCAGACAUUCCAUCGAAUCUACCAGUUUUUUGCUUGGUAGCUGUGUUAGUUCGUAAUUAUUGCGUUAAAAAGCUGUUUGUUUUAUUUUAUAAUAUUUUGAUAACUUUAGUUUUGUUUUAUAUUCCAUUUAUUACUUAUAUUCCAUACGUUCUCAAUGAAUGUGUAAAAAUGCACAAACAAACUUGACCGCGAUGACCUAUUAACUAAAAAUAUUUUCGUGGUUUAUUUGGGCUGUAUGUGAACGCUAGAAUCCAUUGUCUGCGGUAAAUUAAGAAAUCAAUCCGUCAUUUACCUCAUCACGGAAUUGCUAGAGACUUUCGACAAAUAGAAAUAAAGAGCUAAUUAUAACCGUUUCUUUUAUUGCUAGGAUAAUGUCUUGACCAAAAUAUAUAAAACGUAAAUGUACAAGUUUCAUAAUAACAAUGACAUAAUUAUAGACUUUUAUCUAAGUUACGAAUAUAACGUAUAAAAUAUCGCAAUGUUCAAUGCAUUUAUUUUGCUCAUUUUUGUCCUUGUUUUUUAUUUAUGGUUAGGCGUAAAUAUUUUUGUUGUUUGUAAGUCGUAGGGUAAUCAUGUAUUUGUAUAUCAACGUUACCUGUGUCGAUGUUUCUGUUAAGCGCCAUGUCUUAUGGAGACGAUAUGACAAUAAUAAAUUAUUGAAGAAAA